AUGGCAACCACCUUAUCUACAAGCAAACUGGGGCAGAUUCGGGGGAAAUCCGGGGACGGGGUCACUCAGUACUUGGGCAUCAAAUACGCGACUCUGGAAAAUCGCUUUGCGGAUGCACAGUUGAUUGAAGAACGGCAGGGAGAUGUACUCGAUGCAACCGUAGACGGACCCACGGCAUUAUCCCUCCCCAUCGGAUGCGAUAUCGAGUUAGGCCAUGUCCAGCAUUCUAUACUGAAGAAGGAACUUCCCCAAUCCGAUGUCGAUUGUCUCAACCUCAAUAUUGCAGUUCCAUCGGAUGCGACUCCAUCAUCGAACCUACCCGUUUUGUUCUUUAUCCAUGGUGGCGGUCUUUUUAUCGGUGCCAAUUCCUGGCCACAAUAUGAUCUUACUCGACUGGCCAAGUUAUCCGCUGAGAAAGGACUGCCAAUGGUUAUUGUAGCUAUUAAUUAUCGUCUCGGUGCGCCGGGAUUCCUCACGUCCAAGGAACUGCGCGAUGCGGGAUACAAUUCCAAUAACGGUCUACGAGAUCAACGAGUGGCAUUGGAGUGGGUACAUAAGCACAUUCGCGAUUUCGGCGGAGACCCAGAGAAUAUCACGACAGGGGGAAUGAGUGCUGGAGCAGCAUCUGUGACGUAUCAUCUUCACUCGCAAACUCCGUUGUUCAACCGUGCAAUCGUUAUGAGCGGGUCAUCACUUCUCAUCCAGCCCCUUCCAUACGAGAUACAUGAACAAAAUUAUCAGAAGGCGAUGGCCGCAUUGGGUCUCGCAGAUGCCUCUCCCGAAGACCGGGUCAAAGCAUUGUUGGAGUUGCCUGGGCAAGAGCUAAUCACCAAACUCCCUCCAUCGGUGCGAUAUGUCCCGGCUCUCGACAGCGAUCUCGUCGUCCCCGGUGUGACACACGCGGAGGUUGGAAAUCUAGAAUCGAAGGUGCUCCCCGGGAAGGACUGGUGCAAGGAAUUGUUGAUUGGGGAUGCUGAGGUUGACGCAAGCAUCUUUGAAUACCUGUCGCCGCAAAUGAGAAAUAACUGUGCAAAGCGAUUCAUUGCUGUGCUGAAGGAAACCGUCGGGUCGCACCCGGAGAUCGCCCAACGCAUCCUAGACGCAUAUCAAAUUUCCGAAAAUACUCCCGAUGACGCGGCGAUAUUGUCUAUCCUGACGUUCUUCACGGAUAUUUCAUUCCACUCAUCAACACUCAGCUUUGCCCGUGGCUGGAAUGGAAGUGCGUACGUUUACUAUUUCAAUGAGGGGAACCCCUGGGACGGACCGUGGAAAGGUCGUGCAAAUCACAUCCUCGAUGUGAUCUACUUCUUCCAGAACCUCGGCGAAUCUCUGAACCCCGAGCAAAAGGAAGUGGGCGAGGCAUUUGCUGAAGAUUUCUUCAAGUUCUGCCAUGGAAUUGCCCCGUGGCCAGCUAUUACUCCUGGAACUAUAGACACUGGCUUUUCGGCACGCAUUUAUGGCCCCAGUCAGAAGGGCAACAUUACUAAUGUUGUGCAACAAGCAUUCGGUGGUGAGACUCUGCGCAGAAGUGUUCUGUACGAGUGCUCCUCCGUGGUAGCCCUUGACGAUUUGGCCAAGGUUUUCGUCGCUUUCCAGUCAAGCUGA